AUGGCGCCUUCAGAACUUACCCCAGAGCUAUCGCAGCUCUUCCAAAAGAUCGAGAGCAGUUUCAAGAACACUCAACUCGGCGACCAACGCUGGUACAUCCUCGUCAUUGCCUGUCUCUCCACUAGUCCCGAUCCAGAAGCCGCUGCCGCGCUGUACCAGUAUUUGAUCAAGCAAGACGCAUAUCAAACAAGCGAGUCGCGACAGGCUCUUAUCCGACGCAUCCGCGAAGCACUCCUCAAGAGCGUCAUCCUCGUCGGCGUGUGCAAACCCCUUGAGGCCAUACUUGCAAUCAGCAAGAUCGAGCGACCCGAAGACCGAGAUUACAGCGUCACGCGCGAAGGAUUCCAGAUCAACGACGAAAGCCACGAGCGCGGGAAAGACUGGUUCAAGAAAGUAUACACUCGAAACGCGGGGGAUACGAUCGGCAUGUUCGACGCGCACAAGGACUUUGCGUGGACCUCUAUGGAGAUCACGUACGGGUUGUUCUUAUCGGAUCGGAAGGUUCUGGACGAUAUAGAUACACAGCUGGUGGUGCUGCCGGCGAUCAUGAGUCAGAACUUGCCGACGGAGUCGCAUUGGCAUAUCCGUGGGACGAGGAGGAUCGGCGUGUCGAAGGAGGAUGUGCAGGUUGUUUGGGAUGGUGUCAAGGAGAUUGCCAAGUUCUUUGGGGUCGAGUUGAACAAGGUGCCGACGGUGGAUGAGGUUGAGCCAGAUGUUUAG